UUGUGAAUACAAUUGGCAAACUUGUAAUAUUUCUUACAAAAGUGAUUUUUAAAAGACAAAAAUACAAAGCUGAGAAGCAAAUAAUCAAAAUAUGUACAUGAAUUAGUUUCCAAUUACCAAGACAAGGAGUAUACAAGGAUUCAGGGAUGACAACAAUGAUGAUGAUUGUGACUUGUGGCAACUAAUACUCGUUCGUAUUCACAUUCUGAGAUACACAAACAGUAAUUUCUUCGAUUUAAGAAAGGACAUUUUUUGUGUAACGCCCUUAUAAUUGUAAAUUAGUAUUGUGUGAAUGAAAAAUGGUUUAUUUUGAGUUAAACACAUUUAAAACUGUUUAUAUUAAUUGGAUCAUUUGUAUGUGUGCAGGAGAGCACAAUAAAAAUGGAUCAAUUUUCACAUGAUCUAACAGUGGCCUUGGAGGAAACUUCCUUACUAGAUCGUGCACGCGUAAGUCGUUGGGGACAGCAACGAAGACGAACUCGGUCAACUGGCAAUUUACCAUGUGCACCACAACCCACAGAGGAUUCGAGCAGUCCGACCGAUAUAGCUCAUGGAACUACCCAAAAUACGCACCAUGCCACAAACACGAACAACAAUGAUGGACUCGAUACACUAAACAUUCACUUGCCGAGUGACUCGGAUGAAAAAGAUGAACCGGGCGCAGCACGUCUACCUUGCAAAGCCUUAAAUCAGACAUCAGUGCGACUUAUGGGGACAUUAGAGUCUGACUCCCUAAAUGAGACUUUUAGUCCAGCGAGAUUUUUCAAACCGAAUGCGCGUCGGAAGCGCAAAUUAAAACGCAUUACAAUGGACUAUGAAAUGAGCACAGGCGUUGAGCCACAAACAGAUUUAUUGGAGCCUUCGACGACGUCAAACUGUAUAUCGCCUGGAGCUGGUGCGGGUGGUAAUGGAAAUACUGAUGGUGGUAUAGUUAAUGCCAUUGCAGCUGGAUGCACUGGCAUAAUGCGCAAACGAGUUCUUAAACCAGAACCCAACUCUCGUUCUCAGCUCUUCUUUUGUGGAAAACGCAAGAGGUCGAAUCGUGAUCGUUAUAAUGAACACGAUCAUUCUUCUAGCAUGCCCCGUCACAACAAUCAACUAGAUGAGUAUCGAAUGCGACCUCGAAGUUUUUCAUCGACUUCGAAACCUCACAGCGAUCGUCUCUUGCCCUUGAACAAAGGCUUGUUGUCAAAAAUUGAACGCAUCUCACAGCAACAAAAGACUGAAACUGCCACAACCAGCAGUGCAGCGCUGGAGUUUUUGGUGUCGUCAGGCUCGACAGCACAACAACAAGCCGAUGGUACAUCCUCUACCACUAUUGAGCAAGACACUGCAACGUCAUUUUGUAACACGGACGGUGAAACACAAAAUUCUACGGGAAUGUUUGUGCCUUCACCUUUAAUGGCAGCCGAUGAAAUGGCCGAAACUAUUGAAGAGUCCUGCUCUUUGCCACAAAUUAGUCAACUUAACGCAACGCCACAACAACAACAAAUACAACAACAGUUGCAGCAAGAAAACAAUUUCCGUAAUCAUCGUAAGAAAGGCAGUGGUCACCACAAUCGUCGUCGUCUUUUACAAUUUGCGGUCGACCAACAUUCUAUGGAUUGUGAGGAACUAAACGAUUUUAGUUCAAGUUCUCUAAGCUCUUCUGAUUCGGAAGAUAAUCAUGCUGCCAACGAUACCGAUCGUGAGGGUGAUGAUGAGUUGACUGACUGGCCGGGUAACGAAAGCACUUGCGGUGAGCUGAAAUACGACAGUAAACGUAAGCUAACAAAACGAAAUGCUCUACCACAAAUAAAGUCCGAUCCGGAGAGUGCAAAUUCCAUGUUGAUGGCUGAAGACGACACUAUUAUGUCCAACACUACUGCCGUUGGAGACAGUUCCUCCCUCAACUGGCCCCCAUCAAGUGCCGCCGAAUACCGCGAUGCUGUGGACUUACCAUUCCAAUCAUCCGAGCCCAUAACUAUAGCCGCUAAAACCGGAUUUUCGUCUAUAUGUCGCGGCAACUUGAACAUUGCAGCUGAAGAUCAUUUGAUUAUGCCUCUCAAACAGAUUGAAAGUGAGAUGUCUGGCGAAACAUCAAAUCCAUUUCUCUCCUCGCCACCAUGUCAACCGAACGAAGUGCGCGAAAUACGUGCUGGCUGUCGCCGUGUCAAAGGCGAACGACCGGGCUUUAGCAUUAAGACUUCUGUGAACGAACGACUGGCACGUUUUCUUCAAGAUCCACGUCAGUUGCAAAUACGUCUGCCCGACAUUGAAAUCUACGAACACGAGAGUCUCAUCAAUUUAGCCACCUUAUAUUCAUUACAGAUGUCCUUGGACAAUGGUUGUGCAGUGCUCAACAAAACGAGCAAUACUACACAAUCGGUUAAUAUCGAUCAGCAAAGUCUCCAGAGUCGUCUAUUAUUGAGUGAUUUCAAAAGGCGCUGCUAUGACAGUAAAGGCAGUGAAUUAUUACAUAAAUAAAAUUAUGAAGCUUAGCUCUCAUCCCUCACUCCUCUUACUUAUCUAUACAUAUGUAUUUAUGUAUGUAGAACCAUAUUGUGUAAAUGAUUUUAGUCUUUAGCAUCUUAAAUCAUUUAAAAAAACAACAAUUUAACUUUCUAAUAAAUUAAUUUAUAUUUAAAUGUAUGUGCACCUAUGUCUUAGUAAUGUAUGCGUUAUAAUGAUCAUAAUUACCACAAUUAUUCUUGCAAAAUAGAAGAAGAAAAAAACAGCAACAAUUUGAUUUAUAUUAUUUUUAAAUAUAAAGAAUAUAGUUUUAUUUUUUGAUUUGUUUUAUUAUGUCUUUUAAGUUCAUUCUUUUUUUUUGGGUUAUUUCUUUAAAAACAAUUUAUAAAGAUUAUAUCUUCAGAAUAUAAGAAUAUUUUAAUUAAUUUUAUUUGUUGUACAACUUAUUAAUUGCAAUAUUUAACAAAAAAACAAAAUGUACAAAAUUUUCGAGUUUUUUUUUUAAGUUUUAAAUAAAGUUUUUUAAUGAAUAAAACGAAAUUAAAGAAAAGAUGAAAAGUAUUUAUAUAUAUAUAGAUAAUAGUGUAAAUAUGAAUAGAAUAAAACUUAAAUUCAGUUUAAAAAGAACUGUUUUGCAAUUCAAAGAAAUAGUAAUAAGAAUCGAACAUAAAAAAUGAUAUUGGUUUACGAUAUCAUUAAAAUAACAAUUCUUUAAAAUAUUUAAUCUGCAUAUUUUGUAAAUCUCUUAAUUUUUUAUGAUGAAAAAUUAAUAAAAGUUGUUAAUGUUUGAAAA